CAGGAGUCAGGAAUGGCUCUUUCUGAGGGUCAGUUGACAUUGAAUGAUGUGGUCAUCACAUUCUCUCAGGAGGAGUGGAAAUGCCUGGACCCUGCUCAGAGGGCCUUGUACAGGGACGUGAUGUUGGAGACCUACAGGAACCUGAUCUUUGUGGCUAUCUCUCAUAUACAUGUGAUCAAGAAAUUACAACUAAAGUCAAACACUGAUAGAGGUGGAGUAUUCCAAACAUUGAUGUUGGGAAGACAUGAAAACCAGGGAAUCAAACAUUUUUACCUCCCGGAAAUUCAGGAAAAUAUGUAUGACCAUGGUUUUCAGUGGAGAGAUGAUGGAAGAAGUUACAAAAAUAUCCCUAUAUCCUGUCACCAAGAUGUCACUGAUAGAAGUCCACAUGGUGGAAGGGAUGCAAAAAACAAGCCUAUUGGAAAUAGACUUGUGUUAAGCCUUCAGGAUGAACUGCAUAUGUUUAAAAGUAAACAGAAAAUUGAUGAAUUUAAUAAAGCUGUUAAGAGUAUCAGCAGUAGUUCUUCAUUUUCACCAGUUGAAGGAAUUUCUCCUCCUGUCCAAAACAACAUUUCUAAUAGAUACGGGAGUGAUUUUAUGCAUCCUUCAAUACUGACACAAGACCAGAGCCCACACAGGGAAGUACCUUACAAGUGUAAUGAGUGUGGCAAAACAUUUCAUCAGGUCUCAAAUCUCAGGAGUCAUCAGAGAAUCCAUAUAGGAAAGAAAUUGCAUAAAUGCGAUGUAUGUGACAAGGUCUUUUGCCGAAAUUCAUACCUUGUAAUUCAUCGAAGAGUUCAUACUGGAGAGAAACCUUACAAGUGUAAUGAGUGUGGAAAGGUCUUUGAUAAGAAAGGAAGUCUUGCAGUUCACCAGAGAAUUCAUACUGGAGAGAAGCCUUACAAAUGCAAUAAGUGUGGCAGAACCUUUCCUAUCGGCUCAUACCUCAAAAGACAUCAGAUAACACACAUUCAAGAGAAAUUAUAUAAAUGUGAUACAUGUGGCAAAGUGUAUCGUCAGAAUCUAUCCCUUCAACGUCAUCAGGGAAUUCAUACUGGAGAGAAAACUUACAAAUGUAGUUUUUGUGGGAAAACCUUUCUUUGUGGCACAGACCUCAGGAAACAUGAGAUAAUCCAUCCAGGAGCAAAAGCAUAUAAAUGUGAUGUAUGUGACAAAGUCUAUGGUCAAAAUUCAUACCUUAAAUAUCACCAGAGAAUUCAUACUGAAGAAAAACCUUACAAAUGUAACAGCUGUGGCAAAGUCUUUCGUGAGAAGCCAGCUCUUAGAAGGCAUCAACGAAUUCAUACUGGAGAGAAACCUUACAAAUGUAAUGAGUGUGGCAAAGCCUUUCGUGAGAAGCAAGCCCUUAGAAGGCAUCAACGAAUUCAUACUGGAGAGAAACCUUACAAAUGUAAUGAGUGUGGCAGAGCCUUUCAUGAGAAGCCAGCCCUUAGAAGGCAUCAACGAAUUCAUACUGGAGAGAAACCUUACAAAUGUAAUGAGUGUGGCAAAGCCUUUAGUCAAAGUUCAACCCUAUCAAGUCAUUGGAGAUUACAUACUAGGGAGCAGUCUUACAGAUAUAAUGAGCAUGGCAAAUUCUUCAGUGUGCUUUCAAGCCUAAGUUAAUACCAUCUGGUAAUCCAUAUUGGUGAGAGACUUUAAUAAUGUUUUGAUGUGACAAGGCUUUUAGCAGGUGUCCCCACCUUAGGCUUUAUUAGAAAAUUCAUUAUGGUUAGAAACCAGAUAAAUGUAAUUAUUGUGUCCUGUCCUUUAAACAAGGAAUUUAUUCACCGAAGAAUUCAUUCUGGAGAUUACCUCACAAAUGUUAUGAAUGGGAGAGAAAACUUUACUCGGGGCUCACAUCUCACUAAUCAUAAGACAGUCCAUACUGAACAGAACAUUACAGCUGUUCUCCACCUUGGGACUGUUUUAUUUUUUUUUAACGCUCCUUAAUACCUGCUCCCCAUUCUUGAAUAUGCAGUAUAUGAAUGUAUUUUUUCUUG